AUGGAAGAAAGCUGAACUCAGCUACAAAACCUCGAAGCUCAUAUAAAAGAGCAUAAUAUUCAAUUAGAAAGUCUCUCCCCUGUCAAACAAAAAAUUUCAAGCCAAUCUUCUGUAUCAAGCGAAAUGAGGCUGAAAAAUCAUUAUAGAGCUUUCUCUUCAAUAGCGCGAUAAGGCGCAUUCCUAGGUUUUACCGGAGGGUCUUGGACAUAUGAAAACCUGCUAUUCCUUAUUCAUGGAGGAGACAAACAGCCUAAAUAAAGAAUUGUGCCUGAUCAAUCUCGAGAACUUGAAGAGAGGCUGUGUGGAAAAUUUACAUUUUGGUUCGUCAAAUGAUCUGACGAGCCAAUUCUGGCCAGCACUUGAAAUAAAAAAUGAUAGUUGCCAGAAUUUUAUUAAAUUUCUGAUGAAGAGUAUGAUCAGAAUUUUAAUAAUUCUUUUUGACAAUAAAAUUCAAAAUUCAAACUUUUAAUAGAAGAUUUAAAGAGAUAAUUAAAUCGUUAAAAUAACGUAAUGAAUACUCUUUACUGCCUUAGGGACACGAUGCCAAUAAUGAUUUUCAAAUUUUGACUUUUUUCAUAGUGACUUAACCAUCUUAAUAAUUUUUAAAAAUUGAAACUUUUAAAUAGAAGAUUUAAAGAGAUAAUUAAAGCAUUAAGUAAACGUAAUAAGUACCCUUUACUGCCUUAGGGAGACGAUGCCAGUAAUGAUUUUUAUAAUUUGACUUUUUUCAUAGUGACUUAACCAUCUUAAUAAUUUUUUAAAAAUUCAAAAUUGAAACUUUUAAUAGAAGAUUUAAAGAGAUAUUUUAAGCAUAAAGUAAACGUAAUCAGUACUCUUUACGGCCUUAGGGAGACGAUGCCAGUAAUGAUUUUUAUAAUUUGAAUUUUUUUCAUAGUGACUUAACCAUCUUAAUAAUUUUUUAAUUUUUUAAAAAUCCAAACUUUUAAUAGAAGAUUUAAAGAGAUAAUUAAAGCAUAAAGUAAACGUAAUGAGUACUCUUUAUUGCCUUAGGGAGACGAUGCCAGUAAUGAUUUUUAUAAUUUGAAUUUUUCAUAGUGACUUAAUUAAUUACUUGAUCCUGUGCCAUUUAUUAAAAUUCUGAUCAUACUCUUCAUCAGAAAUUUAAUAAAAUUCUGGCAACUAUCAUUUUUUAUUUCAAGCACUGGCCAGAAUUGGCUCGUCAGAUCUAUUUGACGAACCAAAAUGUAAAUUUUUCACACAGCCUCUCUUCAAGUUCUCGAGAUUGAUCAGGCACAAUUCUUUAUUUAGGCUGUUUGUCUCCUCCAUGAAUAAGGAAUAGCAGGUUUUCAUAUGUCCAAGACCCUCCGGUAAACCCUAGGAAUGCGCCUUAUCGCGCUAUUGAAGAUAAAAUUCUAUAUAUGGAAAACAUCCCUAUUACAAUGCAGCAAAGGGUUUUACAGUUAAGUAAAGAUGUGAAAGACAAAGAAAGAGAAAUUUUAAAUUUGCAAAGAGAUUUAGUGUCACUUGAUAGUUAUAAAGAGCAAAAUAAUAAUCUUCAGCUGCAAGUAAAAGUAUUAACUCCCCCCUAAUCCUUGAUCGAACGACUCGCCAUCGUUCGAUCAAGGAUGGGGGUUAAAAAAAAAAUUUUCGGGAAAAAAAAUUUUAUAUAUAAAAUAAAAAAUAUAUAUAUAUAUAUAUAUAUAUUUUUAUUUACUUUUAAAUAAGAGGGUUAAGAGUAUUUAAUAAUUAUUUUUACAGCAAAAAUUGAAUUAAUUUCAUAAAAUAUCAAUUUUUAAUAUUUUGAUUUAUUAGUUUACCCUUUUAAACUGUAUAAAUUUUAAUUUGUUACUUACUGAGUUAAAUUUUUUUUUUUUUAAAUUUUAAAGAAUCUCUGUUUUUAAGAUUACUGAUUUUUCAAGCCUAGGUUGAUGACUAAAUCACUUCGGAUGGUUGAUUCUGCAGCUUUCUGUCGUCUCAAAGCUCUGACAACAACUUCAUUAGGUACAUCUUCCCAAGCUUUUGAUAACUAAUAUAUUUUUAUAUAUAUAUAAAAAUUGUCAUGAUAUGAAAAUCGUUCGAUCAAGAAUAGGGUUUAAUUUCCCCAAUUUUUAGGGAAAUUUUUACAUUCAAUCGUUCGAUCAAGGAUGGGGGUAGGGAGUAAGAGAAAAAAUUGUUAUGUUUGAAAGAGAGAUAAACCAAAAAAACUUAGAACUGAAUAAUAUUGAAGGAAAAAUCAAGCCACGCAUGGAAGAUGUAGAAAAAGAGCUGCAAGAGCAGCUUGAUAUAAACGCGAAUCUUCAAAAAACAUUUAAUCAACUCAAAAAAGAAUCUGAUGAAAAAACUCAUAUAAUUCAAAGCUUAAGGCAAGACUACACAAAUCUAGAAAACACUUAUAAAUCGACUGAAGAUGAAAAAAGAAUUUAUAAACAAAAAUUCAAUGAUCUCGAUGAAAGAUAUAAAGGCCAAGUCGACGAAUUUGAAAGAGCUGCUUCAAUUGUGCAAGAAAAAGAACAGAUAAGUUUAGCACUAGAAGAAGAUAAUGAAAGAUUGAGAUGCGAGCUUGAAAAAGCUAUGGACUCAUUACAAAAAUGCCAGGUAGAAUUGAGCUUUAUACCAAAAUUAAGGCAGGAAUUACACCAAAGUGAGCAACUAAUAGCAGCUGCUUCUAGGGAGCUAGAAAAAGAAAAAAAUUUUAAAGCAAAACUACAGAAUGAUAAAGAAGAAGCUGAAGAAAUGCUGAAAAAAAUCACAAAAGCAACUGAAGGGAAUGACCCAGUUGAAUAUAUUGAAGAAUUAUUAAAUAAAUUAGAAAAAUCCAAAAAUGAUUUAGUGCUGAUACAGGAUGAACUGAAUGAACUUGAAGAACGGCAAAGAUAUGCGGAUAGAGAAGCCUCAUAUAUAGUAAAACUUUUGUCGAAUUAUUUUGAAAAAAUCAGUGAAAGCUUGAAAUCAGGCAUUUUCUUGUGUGAAGAAAUCCCGAUGUUCCCUAAAAUAGAAAGCGAUGUUGAAGCAAGUGUGGCGUUGCUUUAUAAUGUUUUACAAAAGUGCAAAGUAGAAGCUCAGGAAAAGGUUAGAGAGCAAUCAAAAGUUAACCAAACUUUGACUGAAAGACUCAAUAAAUACGAAAAAAAUAUUUCCUUGCUUACUCCCCAUCCGUGAGCGACAAGAAAUUUUUGUUCGCUCAGAAUUAGCUAGAGAUUUCAUUAUAUAAAUUAUUACUUAUAUAUCAAUAUUUUUUCAUAAAUAAUUUUUAUAUUAAAAAAUUUUUUGUUUGCUCGCAGAGGGUAAAUUUUGGGCAAAAAAUAAGAAUUUUUCCAAUGGUUUUGUUCGCUCAUGGGGAGUUAGAGAAAAGCAGGAAGAAGUAAAUGUCCAAAUCCAAGAACAAGAGAUCUUAUCACAAGAGCUUGCUAAUGAAAAAAAUAGGCUAGAAAAAGAGCUAGAACAAAGGGUUGUCGAGCUCGAAAACUCUGAAAAUAUCAAAUAUAAGCUGACUGAAGAUUUAGAAGAAGCUAAAAAGAUCAUCGAAAAAACGACCCAAAUUUUGAGUUUUGAUAAAAGAGGCAGUAAAAACGAGCUCGAUAGCCUCGCAAAAGUUGCAAUGAUAAGACUUGGAAAAGCUGAAGAUGAUAGAAAUAGACUUUAUGAAGAAGUCGAGGAGCUUAAAAAAUGGCAGGAUACUGCUGUUCAAGAUAAAAAAGCUUAUGAGCAAAGAACAAAAGAGUAUUUAUCAAGAAUGCAAGAAAUGAGUCGACAAAUAGAAGGAUUAACUGAAAUAAUUGACCAAAAUGAAAAAAGUAUGAAAGAUGUCUUAGAAAGAUAUAACGACGCUAUUACCCAGCUGCAUGAAACUGAAAAAUCAUAUAAAGAGCUUGAAAGUGAUAACAGAAAACUUGUAUACUGCAUAGAGGAAUCAAAGAAUAAUGAAGAAAUUCUCAUAAAAGCAAUCAGUUUUGCAAGUCAGUCUGAUGAAAAAAUAGAAAUUUUAGAAAGCUUGUCAGAAGGAAAAGAAAAAUCCAAAGCAACUGAAGAAAUGGUCAAGAAUUUCAACGAAUUUAUAGAAGGAAUGCAAGAAAAAAUAUCAAAACAGUCAAAUGUUAUAGUAGAAAUGAACGAAAAAAUACAAGAAUUAAUGAAAACGAGGCAAGAAAAAGAAAAUGAGCUUGAGCAGCAAAGAAAACAUCGUGAUGCCUUAGAGAAGCAAGUUAAAGAAAUGGCAGAAAAAAUUGAAAAUUUAAUAAAAGAAAACGGAAUUCUUGUAAAAUACCAAGACGAAGUCGGAAAAUUAGCUAAAAAUGUAAAAAAGUUAAAGAGAAAUGAAGAGGUUUUAGAGGAAGAGGUUGAAAACUACAAAAAAGUGAUGAUUGAUUUGCAAAGGACUUCAAUUGAGCUGCAAGAUCAUGUAAAAAUUUUAACAGCUCAGCGAUCAGAGCUCCAAGAAGACAACCAGCUUAAACUUAAGCACAUAAAAUCCCUUGAGCAAAUCGUCACAAGACUUGAAACUUCUCUCUCCCACGCAGACAAUGCCAGAAUAGCAUCUGAAACUUCUCCUAAUAAAUCUAGUGAGCAGCUAAGCCAAGAAGUCACUCAGUUAAGUGACCUAUUAAAAAAAUUCAUCGAUGGCUACGCCUUUCUUGAGUCAAAACUCAAUGAAAACUCAAAAUACUGUGAAAAUAUGGUAAGAGAACUGACUGUAAAAACCAGAAAAAUCCAGCUGCUAGAAGAAGAAAAGAAAAAAAUCGGCGAGCUUGAGCAGAUUGUAAAGGAUCUUAAAUUAAGAAACGAGGCUCUAAAUUCUAAGCUAGAAGAAUAUGAGCUAGCUGCUGGAAUUCCAAAAGAAGCCACCCAUCCUCCAUUACAUUCUACAAGCUCUUGAAUUCCUUUGAGCUAA